AUGGAUCAGAACAUAGAUCUUUCGGAAUGGAAGUGGGAGAUGAUCAAUAUGGAUUUUAUCACUGGUUUGCCACAGUCUCGCAGACAGCACGAUAUGAUUUCGGUGAUUGUAGAUCAAAUGACUAAAUCAUCUCAUUUCUUACUGGUUCCACCCAUGAAAGGUGUUUUGAGGUUUGGCAAUAAGGGGAAGCUUAGUCCCCGGUAUAGUGUUCCUUACACGAUAUCAAAGAGAAUUUGCAAUGUAGCUUAUGAGUUAGAGCUACCGCUAGAGUUAGCAUCGGUCCAUUCGAUAUUUAACAUUUCAAUGUUGAAGAAGUGUAUGAGAGAUCCAUCUGUUGCUAUACCUUCUAAGAAUAUUGGUAUUAAGGACAGCCUAUCUUAUGGGGAGAUACCUGUUGAGAUACUUGAUUGUCAGGUUCGCAAGUUGAGAACCAAAAAGGUCUCAUCAAUCAAGUUCUUAUGGAAGAAUCAGUUUGUUGAGGAAGCUACUUGGCAGGCUUAG